AGUUUCACAAAUAGAUAAUCGUGAUGGUAAGCAGGACCUCCAAGAACAAGGCUGCUCCCGCUUCCGAGACCAUGCCACCGACGCCGACGCCGACGCCGGCGUCGGCCCAGGAUACCUUGGAAAACAACCCCCUCAUCGACGAGGACGAUAUCCUCCGGCACCUCAUCCCCUUCGUCGCUGACAACGAGGGAUACCUUUUCGUGGCCGGCGUGGCCUCGACUUGGUACAGGGCUUGGGUUGGAGGACAGCUCCCGAAGAACACGUGCCUCGGAAACGUGGUCGAAUCGGCGUCUCGCCUGGCGUGGGCCAGCAGCAGGCUCAGCACCGGCGGCAGCACCAGCGGCGGAGCCAGCACCCCCUGGGUGUGGGACGAGAGCGUCUGCAGGAGAGCCGCCGCGGGAGGGCACCUGGGCGCUCUCAAGUACGCACGGAAGCAGGGCUGUCCCUGGGACGCAACUUGCACCCGCGAGGCCGCGGCCGGGGGACACCUCUCGCUGCUGCGCUGGGCGCACGCUAACGGUUGCGAGUGGGACGCCUCCACCCCGGCGUGCGCGGCCAGGUGCGGCGACCUCGACACGCUCCGGUUUGCCAGGAGGAACGGGUGCCCGUGGGAUAAGACUACCUGUUCCGAGGCGGCGCGCGGUGGGCACCUGGAAAUUCUCAAGUGGGCGAGAUCCAAGGGAGCCCGAACGAGCCCAAAGGGAUGCCCUUGGGACAAGGCAACGUGUACGUCGGCCAUCUACGAGGGGCACCUCAACACCCUGCGCUGGGCGCGUGAGAACGGGGCCCCGUGGGAUGCGGACGCCUGCCGCUUCGCGGCGGAGCAGGGGCACCUGGAGGUCCUCAAGUGGUGCAAGGACAACGGCGGCCACCUCGACGCCAGGAUCUGCAUCACUGCGGCCGGAUCGGGACACCUCGAGUUGCUCAAGUGGGCGCGGUCUAACGACAUCCCCUGGGACGAGGAAGUGUUCGCUUCCGCAGCAUCGGGCGGGCACCUGGACGUCGUCAAGUACUGCUGGCAGAACAGGUGCCCCUGGAACGAGUACACGUGCGAGCUGGCGGCGGAGGGAGGCCACCUUGAGGUGCUCCAGUGGUGUCGGUCGAAGGGCUGCCCGUGGGACGAGGACGUGUGUGCCUUCGCGGCGGAAGAGGGCCACAUGGAGGUGGUCCAAUGGGCGAUCGAGAACGGGUGUCCUUGGGACAAGAGGGUUAGAGACUUCGUCCCCGCAGGCGCGUGCGGAGUGGCCGCUCUCCACCAGGGCUCGUGAUCAAGAAGUGCAAUCCACGGCGCCCCCCACAAGCGCCGUUGAGGCGAUGGGAAACCCUAUUUGCUGAACAGCGUGACGGGGACUCGUGUUUUCCCAUGCCUUUGCAGUUGUAGACCACGCGUCGCCGAGAGCGUGGUGCAGAGGCAAAGGACGGCUCUUUUACCGCAGACAAUGUGUUCUGAGACGUGAGACUGCUGCUGCUUGUGCUGCGCGUGCGUGCUCAAGUCGGCGGAAUUCGGUGCAGGUGGCAGUGCAACAUGGCGGAUGGAGCUUCAAAACUGUUGAGAAAAUUAGUUUUUUUUUUUCCUCUUAUCACGUGCUUUUGUUCUGUCGAUUCAAAAGGACAAGUCGCGCCGCUAAUCGAGCUUUUAAUAUUGUUGUGAAAGCUCCCGGAAAUACUUUGUCGGUUUUGGUCGCGGUAUGAUGGUUGGUGGGUUCCUCCGAGAUGGGGGCGAGCGAGCGAGCGCGCGCGGCGGCGGCGGCGGCGGCGGCGGCGGCGGUGUCUUCCUCUUUUCGCACCGCGACAUGUUGGUGGUUUUCAUCCGGCAGAGUUUUCGCGCUCUUGUUGGGUGGCACACUUUUAAACUUUUGGUCCGAGUAGUAAGACACCUCACUCUAGGUACCUAAAAAAAAUCAAAUGGCGGUGUGCAAAGGGGCGGGUUGGGUGGGCAAGUGCCGUCGUUUUUGUGUCGUCAAGUCGCACCUCGAUUCGUUGAGCGUGCACGAUUACAGAAGUCGUGCAGCUUUUAUCCAUGUGCAUAUGUGUCAAUUGAACGGCACUUGCUUGGGCAGACGGGAAGUAACGGGUGCAGGGCGUGGAGGCUCGUGGUUGUUUGAUUUUGUUCUCUGUGAGGAGAAACGCAAAGACUACGGCAGCAUGUAUAUGUCCCGUUUUCUUUUUUUUCGACCGUGAUUACACGAAGUGAUCUCGAACCCGGGGUGCUUCGCCGAACAUGACACAGCACACACAUGGGGGUUUACACCAACAGUCGUAUUGUAAAGGGGGAGGGGGGCGAUUCAAAGACUGGUGGGGGUGAUUUUUCCGGGGCUAUGACCAGAUCAAAUGGCGAAAGGGCAUGUAGCGGCAAGCCGCUCUUUUCGUGCCACUCAGUAGGAUGGUGAUGUGGAUAGACGUGUGGGCGUAUUCCGUGUAUUGAUUGGUGUGUGGCAUGCGCGUUGGGCGUUGCUGUUUGUGGUGGUGUAGGCUCGCGGCAACAUGCUCUGGUGCGGUCAAAGGCUCCUUGUUCGAGUAGUUGGUCCAGGUGGGGCUAUAUCGGUCUCGACGGGGAGCGCGAGAAUCACGGAGUAGGCGAAAACGACAACAUCGGGGGUGGGGGAUGAUGGCGGCGGAAGUUUCGUCGCUUCGCAGUGGCACACCUGAGACAUGUGCAUGCCACUUUUAGGAAGGCGGACGCCUAUGGGCGUUACCGCGCCUUUUUUCGUAGUGCAGCAGAAGAAACGGAUUCUAAAUAGCUGGCUGCGUGUACAUAUAGGCCAAUCGGGACAACAGGGGGUGAUGCGGGAAACUGAACGGGUGGUUGGUUGUGAAGUGUUUUGUUCUUUGAUUUUUCGUGUCCGAUAUUUUGCAAUCUUGGCUUGUUGAUGUAUAUUGACAUGUUUUCUUCGCAGCUUGUAUAUUUUUUGCAUUCGUGCAUAUUUGGUCCGCUUUGGUGUUCAAUAUUUGAUUUCCGUCCGUUUUUUCGCGUUUGGUUCGAAGUUUUUAUGUCCCGAUGCUGAAGGGGUAGCCGAGACCGAGCGCACGCAUAUCAUACGUGGGUGUUUUUUUGUUCUUUUUCGGGUUAGGUUUGGUUGAUGUGUGCCCUUCAUGGGGGAACAUGUUUUUUCGUGUUGUGUUCGAAGGUUUUAUGUCCCGAUGCUGGAGGGGUAGCCGAGACCGAGCGCACGCAUAUCAUACGUUGGUGUUUUGUUCUUUGAUUUUUUCGUGUUCGAUAUUUUGCAAUCUUGGCUUGUUGAUGUAUAUUGACAUGUUUUCUUCGCAGCUUGUAUUUUUUUUGCAUUCGUACAUAUUUGGUCCUCUUUGGUGUUUAAUAUUUGAUUUCCGUCCGAUGGUUGUGACGUAGAUGUGCUUGUCGAGCUUGGUGUAUCAUGAGACGUCGACGCUGUAUUUCUUGUUAGUAUCUGUGUCGUUUCACGUGCGAAGCUCGUUCUUUUUGUUCGUUUUUCAUGCGAACGGGAAAACGCGUCAUCUGCAUGCAUGACUUUGUAACCUGGCAUAUUUGAAGUCGGUCCUUCAGUUUUUUUUUUCAUACGAUACCGCCCGCUUCGUUUCUGUUCUGACUGUUUUUUGGGUCUUUUUUGUGGUUUUCGUCUUGUAUCUCGCGGAUUCCUCCGCGAGACAAAUACUUAGUGCGUCUCCCGCAGCCCAUCCCACAUGAAUCACAGAAUGUUGUUUUGUGUAUGUAUCAAUAGCCACGGCCUGUGGGGCUAAAUAGCGAGGUAGCUGCCUUCCCGACUGUCAGUUUGGAAACGGGGUUCAGGCAACAUGCUAAUAAGAUAUAGUACUCUUUUUUUUUUGUGAAUCGGUCGAGGUUGCGCCGAGCGAGGGUGGGAGGUCUAUUCACGGUCUGUUGGCGACUCUUGAGGUCCGACCGGAUGUUGAACCCAGGCUCCGCACGCUGGAUGUGUCACAAACCGUGGCUGACCCAACCCAACCCGGCCUUAACCCUCACCCAAGGCUAACGCACGGCUUCCUGUAGCGGCCGCGAACUGGGCGAGAACGCGGCUGCCGCGUUUUCGGAACGCGGGACCGACAGAGAGGACUCAAAGAGAGGAAUCGACCGCCCGAACAUACGCCCGCAGAUGGGAAGAGGCACUGACAGGUUGUCAACAAAUGAAGAGCGGGGGCGGGCGACAACGUUGCGAGAGUGUAGUCAUCAGAAAACGCCUCCCUAAUGGUGUUCGUAUCUCGGUACUGUUGGUAACCAAGAUUGCAAUAUUUCCAACCGCUAAUGGAGGCCUUAUC